AUGUCAGAGAGAAAAGCGAUAAACAAGUAUUAUCCACCCGAUUUUGAUCCAUCAAAGAUCAAAAAGCCUAAAAAGAAGAAAGGCAAGGCAGCUUGGCCUUCGGUGCGAUUAAUGGCACCGUUUUCGAUGAAAUGCUUGAAAUGUAACGAAUAUGUGGCACAAUCGAGGAAGUUUAAUGCGAAGAAAGAGGUGACGGAUAAGGAUUACUUGGGGAUAAAGAUCAUACAUUUUCAUAUCAGGUGUCCUAGAUGUUUCAACAGCAUGGUAUUUGCGACAGAUCCACAGAAUGGGGAUUUUGAGUGUGUUUCCGGAUGCAAGCGGAACUUUGAGCGUGCGAAAAAGAGUGAGAAGAAGGAAGAAAACUUGGAAGAUAUGAUUUCAAGAUUGGAAAAGGAGGAUAAGCAAGAGCAGCUUGAAAAAGAGAAGGAGAAGAAUAGGAAGCUAGGAAGGCCGAUCAACUCGAAUGGAGAGAUUGAAACCGGUUUGGAGCAAUUGGAGAGAAGGAUCAAGCAACAACAAAAAGAGCAGGAGAUGGAUGAUAAGGUUGAGGAGCUCAGGAAUCGAAGUAGAAAGCUGGAAAAUGCUAGAAGACAGAUGCAAAAGAGGGACAUUGAAAAGGAGCAGGAUGAACAGGACGAGCAGGAAGCCAGGCGAGCAUUUAAGAAGGCAAGGGCUGGUAAUGGAAAGAGUCUUACUAAAAAAGUGAGGAUCCAUUUGGAUAUGACAACUAUCGAAAAAGUACAAGAUGGAAGUGCAGCAAACAAAGCCUCAAAUAGGGCGUUGAAUGUGGUACCAACAGAGAAAAUAGCAAAUGCUAUAACUUCGUUAAACGGAUACUCCUCCAGCGACUCAGAUGACGAGUGA